GCUCCUCCGUAGCCGCCGCUGCCACCGCCGCCGCCACCACCCGGGCUCAACCGCAGGCUGGAGACAGACGGGGCCGAGAAGAGACAGAGACUGAGGAGGAGGAGGAGGGGGCGGGGCGACGCCCGGUGACCGGAGCGCCGCAGACUGGCAGCUGCAGCGUCUCCCCCCUUUGUGUCUGGUCUGCUCUGCUCUGGUCUGAGGCUCGCGAGCUGCCCUCCCCCUCCUCCCACCCCGCCUCAGCCGGGGUGCGGCGUGUCUAGGUGCCCCCUCCCCCUCUCCGGGCACCUCCAUCCUCGCGCCGCCGCCCCCUCCCCCCACGAGCCCCGCGGGGAGCGAGCGUCGAGGAGCCGCAGCCCCAGCCGCAGCAGCGGGAGAGCCGAGCGAGGAAGGAGCAGGGAGCGACCCAGCGGCGGCGCGGCGGCAGCCCCGGCUUCCUCGGGGGGUGGUAGGCUGGGGAACCAUUGACGGGAGAAGGAGGAGGCAACGACGAGACCCGGACGGCGGGGGAAUGGACCUCGGAGCGGCUCGCGGAGCCGCGGCCCCGGGACUUGGAGCGUAGAAGGAAGCGGGCCAAGGAGAAGAAGAGGCCGGGGGCACUGCCGGCCUUCCCUGGGGGACCCCGUCCGGCCUGCCCUCCUCCCUCGGCCCAUGGAAUUCGGACGCGCCUGGGGGCUUACUGGUUUCGGUUCGGCGGCCGGGCGGAUCAUGGGGGGAGGCACCUUUGCGCAUCUUGUCCGCCUUGAAAUCGAAGUGAUUUGAAGCGAAACUUACUUAGGAGGGACGUGCCCCCAGCCCACGGAGCCCGGCCUCUCCCCCUAGCUCCCCAUCACGCACCAGGAGCAGGAGCCGCGCGCGAUGCGGCCUGGAGCCCCGGGCUUGACGCCACCGCCCCCGCCGGCAGCGCCCCUUCCCCAGGCUGCGAAGUUGUAGGGGUUCCCCCCAUUCCCUUUCCGUCCUCCUCGGAAUACCCCUUACUCGCACCUGCUCCCUGGCUAUGUUUCCUUCCAAACCGGGCUCCUUUUUCGAUAUUGUGAAACUACGUGGGAAAUCAUCGUGGUGAUUUCACAGACUUCCCCUGCCGCCCCCGGCCCCCCAUCCCUCCCCACAUCUCCGUCCGGAGCAUGCAUCCUGUUUGGAGGGCAGAGCCGCGCCGUCCUCCUCGCGUGAACCACGUCCGAGGAGGAGAGAAAUGAAGGGAAUUUUCUGCAGUGGAGUCCGAGCUCUGCAGACGGGUCCUUUAAGCAUCUGCCAUUUGUCGUUUCAAACUGCAUUGUGAGAAUUCCGAGCAGGAACAUCAAGAUAACUCAAAACGGAAAAAGGAGGGGAAGGAAAUUCCUCCUGCCGGUGUUUCUCUCUUUCUCUCCUAGUUUCUUGACCCUCUUUGGCUCCUUGGCUUGCCCAGGUAUGACUGCCUCUCUGCAAAGCCUCGGGCCGGUGCUGCUGCUCUCCUGGACCGUGUUGCUGAUCAGCACUGCGGCUGCUUCCCAGAAUCAAGAACGGUUAUGUGCAUUUAAAGAUCCAUAUCAGCAAGAUCCAGGGAUUGGUGAGAGUCGUAUAUCCCAUGAAAAUGGCACUGUUUUAUGUUCAAAGGGUAGCACCUGCUAUGGACUUUGGGAGAAAUCCAAAGGGGACAUAAAUCUCGUGAAACAAGGAUGUUGGUCGCACAUUGGAGACCCUGAAGAGUGUCAUUUUGAAGAAUGUGUUGUGACAACCACCCCUCCCUCAAUUCAGAAUGGAACAUACCGUUUCUGUUGUUGCAGAACAGACUUAUGUAAUGUCAACUUCACUGAGAACUUUCCACCUCCUGACACCACACCUUUGAGUCCUCCUCAUUCAUUUCAUCGAGAUGAGACAAUAGUAAUUGCCUUUGCAUCAGUCUCUGUAUUAGCUGUUUUGAUAGCUGCCCUGUUCUUUGGAUAUAGGAUGCUGGCAGGGGAUCGUAAGCAAGGUCUUCACAGUAUGAACAUGAUGGAAGCAGCAGCCUCUGAGCCCUCUCUGGACCUAGAUAAUUUAAAACUUCUGGAGCUGAUUGGUCGGGGACGAUAUGGAGCAGUGUACAAAGGUUCCUUGGAUGAGCGUCCAGUAGCUGUAAAAGUUUUUUCUUUUGCCAAUCGUCAAAACUUUAUCAAUGAGAGGAACAUUUAUAGAAUUCCUCUUAUGGACCAUGAUAACAUUGCUCGCUUCAUCGUUGGAGAUGAAAGAUUCACCGCUGAUGCACGAAUGGAAUAUUUGUUGGUGAUGGAAUAUUACCCUAAUGGUUCUUUGUGCAAGUAUUUGAGUCUCCAUACCAGUGAUUGGGUAAGCUCUUGUCGUUUGGCACAUUCUGUUACCAGAGGCCUGGCAUACCUUCACACAGAAUUACCAAGAGGAGAUCAUUACAAACCUGCAAUUUCCCAUCGAGACUUAAACAGCCGAAAUGUUCUUGUAAAGAAUGAUGGAACUUGUGUCAUUAGUGACUUUGGAUUGUCCAUGAGGCUAACUGGAAAUAGGCUUGUUCGCCCUGGGGAAGAGGACAAUGCAGCAAUAAGUGAGGUUGGUACAAUCCGAUAUAUGGCACCAGAAGUGCUCGAAGGAGCAGUGAACCUGAGAGACUGUGAAUCCGCCCUGAAACAAGUAGACAUGUAUGCACUUGGCCUAAUCUACUGGGAAAUAUUUAUGAGAUGUACUGACCUCUUUCCAGCAGGUGAGUCUGUGCCAGAGUACCAGAUGGCCUUCCAGACAGAAGUAGGGAACCGCCCCACUUUUGAAGACAUGCAAGUCCUGGUGUCUAGGGAAAAGCAGAGGCCCAGAUUCCCAGAAGCCUGGAAGGAAAACAGCCUGGCUGUAAGAUCACUAAAGGAGACAAUUGAAGACUGUUGGGACCAGGAUGCAGAGGCUAGGCUAACUGCUCAAUGUGCUGAGGAGAGGAUGGCUGAACUCAUGAUGAUUUGGGAAAGGAACAAAUCAGUCAGUCCAACAGUCAAUCCAAUGUCCACUGCUAUGCAGAAUGAACGCAACCUGUCACACAACAGGCGUGUGCCAAAGAUUGGCCCUUAUCCAGAUUAUUCUUCUUCUUCAUACAUAGAAGACUCCAUUCAUCACCCUGAUAGCAUCGUGAAGAACAUUUCUUUGGAACAUUCAUUGUCCAGCAACACACCUCUAACUGUAGGUGAAAAGAACCGAAAUUCAAUUAACUAUGAACGACAACAAGCACAGGCUCGGAUUCCCAGUCCUGAAACUAGCGUCACCAGUUUGUCCACAAACACUACCACUACAAACACCACCGGCCUUACUCCUAGCACUGGCAUGACCACCAUCUCAGAGAUGCCCUACUCAGAUGAAACAAAUCUCCAUGCCACAAAUGUGACUCAGCCAGUUGGGCCAACCCCUGUCUGCCUACAGUUAACCGAAGAAGACUUGGAGACCAACAAGUUGGACCCAAAAGAAGUUGAUAAAAAUCUAAAGGAGAGCUCUGAUGAGAAUCUAAUGGAGCACUCCCUUAAACAGUUCAGUGGACCAGACCCCCUGAGCAGCACCAGCUCCAGCUUGCUUUACCCACUGAUAAAACUUGCAGUGGAAGUAACCGGACAGCAAGACUUCACACAGACCAGUAAUGGUCAGGCGUGCUUAAUUCCUGACGUCCCCCCUGCUCAGAUCUAUCCUCUCCCCAAGCAACAGAACCUUCCCAAGAGACCUACUAGUCUACCCUUGAACACCAAAAACUCAACAAAAGAACCCCGGCUGAAAUUUGGCAGCAAGCACAAAUCAAACUUGAAGCAAGUUGAAACUGGAGUUGCCAAGAUGAAUACAAUCAAUGCUGCAGAGCCUCAUGUAGUGACAGUCACCAUGAAUGGAGUGGCAGGCAGAAGCCACAACGUGAACUCACACGUUGCCACAGCCCCAUAUGCUAAUGGUGUAGUGCCAUCUGGUCAGGCACCCAACUCAGUGGCACACAGGGCCCAGGAAAUGCUGCAGAAUCAGUUCAGCGGUGAGGACAGCCGGCUGACUAUCAACUCCAGCCCUGACGAGCACGAGCCUCUCCUAAGACGGGAGCAGCAGGCUGGCCAUGAUGAAGGCGUGCUGGAUCGUCUGGUGGACAGGAGAGAUCGCCCCCUGGAAGGUGGUCGGACAAACUCCAAUAACAACAACAGUAAUCCAUGUCCAGGGCAAGAGGUUCUGAAUGUUGGCCUUCAGAGCACAGGCACAGAUCCUGGGCAGGCAAAACCCAGAAGGGCACAGAGACCUAAUUCCUUGGACCUGUCAGCCACUAGUGCCCUAGACAGCAGUAGUAUACAGUUAGGUGAGUCAUCACAAGAUGGCAAACCAGGAUCAGGUGAAAAGAUCAAGAAACGUGUGAAAACCCCCUAUUCUCUCAAGCGGUGGCGUCCUUCCACCUGGGUCAUCUCCACGGAGCCACUGGACUGUGAGGUCAACAACAAUGGUAGUGACAGGGCCGCUCAUUCCAAAUCCAGCACUGCUGUCUACCUUGCAGAAGGGGGCACUGCCACAACCAGGGUGUCUCAAGAUACGGGAAUGAACUGUCUGUGAAGUGUCUCACAAGCCUACCCACAAAAGGACUUUUUUUUUUUUCACCAUUUAAAACAAACAUGCAGAAGACAUCAAAAAGAAAACAGAAACUUUAUCCUCCUGUCAGCUCCCCCUACCAAGGACUUGCUUUAAAUAGAUUUCAGCUAUGCAGAAAUUUUUUAGCUUAUGCUUCCAUAUUUUUUAAGUUUGUUUUUUUAUGUUUUUGCACUUUUAUUUAGUCUCACUAAAGUUAAGUCUGUCUGUUAUGACCACAGAAUUCUAUAUAUGUGUAUCAAGAAGAGGUGGUCUCAAAAUAUUUUUUUAAAUGUAUUUCUGAUAAUCAGUUUGGACCAUUUUCUAAAAGGUCACUAAAAUCAGAAGCAGACUCUAAGACAGGUUUGACUGCAGUGGUGUCUUGUAUCCAUGUUUGAUUUCUGUGCACAAGCUAGUUUGUAUGUUUAUCCGUUCCUGAGUGUAUCUUUUGACCAUCCCUCUUGUGUUCUGUUGGAAUGUGCAAUAGUCUGAAGGCCACAGGAUACCCAGUGUUUCUGGCAUGGACACAGGCGUGUCCUCCCACAUGGUUGAUACUAGUUGAUUUCUUCCUCAUCAGUUGGGCUGGUCAGAUUGUGGGACAGUGAACUUUGCAUUAUGCAGCCAGCCUGAAAGUGCUACCUUGUCUCGUUUUUUCUCUAAGGUGAUUAUGGAGAGUGCAAAAACCUUGCCUCAAAGGGCUCUUAAAGAGGGAACCACAAAACUUAAUUUGAAAUGCAAUUCUUUUUAACCUUCCAAAUCUGAAUACAUUUCCUUCCAGGCAUUUUAAGAAACCAUAAUUAGAGUAUUAAUUUUGAAAGUUCUUAAAAUAAGAGAGCAUUGAACAAAAAAAAAUAAGGAAACACAAAUGUCAGCCAUUUUUCCACUUUAUUUUCCUAUUUGUAUCUGUAAUCUUUCCAUAUUCAGUCAUAUUAGUAAUACAUAAGGAGUGCAUUUUCCCCAGAAAGCAUGAAGAGCGAACACUGUGAUGUAAUUUUUAAGUAGGUAGGUUGUUCUCUCAUCCCUUCACUGAGCAGUCUUUGACCCAAAAAGAGGUUCAAUUUCCUCAUUUGAAAAUGGAUUUUAAAAGUCAUUUUUAGUUACAGACCUGUAGUAUCUUGUGUAUUUAGUUCCCAAACAAAGCUGCAUGGCUUUAUCAGAAAAUGAUUCAUCUUCCUAAGACCUAAAACACUGUGUGGAAAAAUUAUUCCGUCAGCAUGCCAAAUGCCUGUGGCAGGAAGGAUUGCUGCCAAACCUGCCUGUCUUAAGCUGAUUGAGACCGAACUUCUCUCCUUUCAAGUCAUCUCUUUCUUUGCUUUACUUUUCACAUGGCUCCUCCCCCAUUCAGUACUUUUGCCCACUUUCCACAUGAACUGCUGAUAUAUAACUAGCACAUGUGAUGUGCUGGAUGCCUUUUUCUGCCGUAGCAUGUCUGAGUCUCAGCCUUUGGGCCCUUAUUAUUUCUAAAGCUUCCCUUACCUCUUUCACUCCUUCUGAAACAUAUCUAAGCAGCCUCAAAAUACACUUUAUCAGAAAUUAGAGCACCUUCUCUCAAAUGAGGGAUGCCUUUCUUUCUAAGCACAAUUCUUUGAUAAUAUGUAUGAACAAUAAUAAUCUAAUACCUUUUAUUUCUCUAAGUGGUCCCAGGGCUUUAUAUACAUUAGCUAAGUAAUUCCCAAAAUGUUGGUUCAGGGAUCUGCCUCCUGAACUACAUUGCUUCAGGCAUGGAACCUUCUACAGAUGCUGGCUCCAUUUAGCCAGAGACAGCCAGCCCGACAGACGUUUCCUUGCGUGCUCAUUACCUUCUUAUGUUUUCUAGUCGCUGUGAGCUCCCAUCCUAGAGAUGGAAUACUUGCACCAUGUUUGGGUUCUUGACAUUGCACCCUUUGUCUACUUUUUUGGCACUGAUGCUAGCAAAAAUGGUACCCUAGGCUUCCAUGUUUUUACAUUUCUCUUUACUUGGACUUCUAUAGACUUUUCUCAAAUUUAUGCUCACAUGUGAUAAACUCAAUGAUUUUUCUAUUUGAAAAAAAUUAUUUUUCUCCUUGAAAAAAUUUUCCUUUGUUUUUCAGGAUUUAAAUACAUCCCUCAGAGACAUUUCAGGGAAUUCUUUUCAAUAAUGGAUAAGAUAAUCAAACCCUCAUCCAAUAUGGAGUAUAUUUAAUAGUGGGGAAAGAACAUCUGAGCUCCACCUGAUCCUUUUUCCUGCCACAAUAGGAAUUGUCCAUAUUCUACUGUGCUUCAUUUAAGUGUUUGCAAGUUUUCCAACAUUUUAAUGCUUGAUGCAAUCAAAUGAUGCAAACAUGAAAAAACCUCACUAUAUUGUUCAUUAAACAAAAGCCUAUUCUAAUAUAAUAGUUGUAUUUUUUCCCUCUACUUCUCGAGCAGUCUGAUGAAAAAAGGCAAGGUAGAAAAUGCUUUUUAUAAUAAAGCAUCCUAUCAGUAAAAUAAUUCUGAAAAAUGGUUUUGUUAAAUAGUCAUUAAUUUGUUUCAGACUACUUAAUUGCUUAAAUAUGUUUGUAAUUCUUAGUGAAAUAAUUUCACUUUAACUGUCUUCAUUGUGGCUCUGCUACUGCUGCAGAGCAGUAGGCUAGAAUAUAUGUUUCCAAAUUCUGAUGUUUAACUGACACUGAAAACAUUGGAAUUUAGAAAGUAGUUUGAUCUUUUUACAAACAAAAAGCCUUAUGAUUAAAAUAAUAGAAUGUAGUUCACAGAACAGUAAUAAAGAAACUUUAAAGAUCUAAUAAUAAGUAACCCAGUUCCAAAAUAGUACCACUAACUAAACUUAAACUCGCAUACCAAAAAUCAGUGGUUGACAGUUUUUGUUUCGUUGUUUUUAGGAAAAGGUUUAAUUAUAAUUUAUGAGGAGAGUAAUUUUGCUUUCCUUUGCUAAUGGAUGGUUUAUUAGAAGACAGGUAUAUCAUCAGUGGAGUGAUGCUGUAAAUAAGAUUGUGCCAAUAUUAUAUAAAUAAUGACAAGGAUAUUCUAUGUGCUGCUUGAUUGGAUGAAAUUCAGUCACAGUACGCAAGCACAGGACCAGGUUUCCAAAUUGUAAUAGCAGAGUAAAAGCUAAAAGACAAGCAGGCAUCAGAAAAGGACAGACAUGUCUGAAGUUAAUUUUCUGUACUUGUAACCUAGAAAAUUUGGCUAAUUUAAGGCCAAAAGAAGAAUCAGUCCAUUACAUGCAACCACGAAUUCUAAAAAGGUUUCAUUUCUGCUCGUUGUAACUUUACAUUGCAGACUUAAAGCAAAAUUAUGUUUAGGAAAGUGGAUUAUUAGUAUAAAGAGACUCUUUGUAAUGAUUCCAUGUUGAUUUAAAAGUUUGUGGUUUUUGUUAGUAUAUUUAUUGAACUCAAUUCUAUCAAACGUGUUUCCACUGGGAAAACAAUCUCCUUGUAGGGUAAGAAAACACAAUUUUGUCAUUUUAGAAAACAAUACUGAGAUAAAGAUUGAGCAUAGCAUGUAGGAAGGCUACAAGGAAAAACUUUGCAUCGAGUGGGUUUUGUAAGGCCAAUUCCUUCUUGAUCAUCUACUUGCUGUAUAAAACUUUAAUUGAUCCUGAAGGCAUCAAGAAUUGAAACAGGAAACAUUUGAUUAAAUAUAUGUAAACAUGUGCAUAUACAUGAGUGAAAGUUAUCUUAAAAAUAGAACAAGAAGUAUAUUUUUAAAAUUUUCCACAUUUAGUGUAGCAUUCUAAUUUAUGGCUUAAAAGACUAAAAGCUAUGUGAUGUUUCUAGCUAGAUUGAAAACACAAGAAUCAUUCUGGAGUAGACCAUGCUGAAGAUCCCAGUCUUGAGCUAUGUAAAUUUUAGCCAGAACUACCUUGAAUGUCCCCUUUGUGGAUAUGCCCAAUAAAGAAAUAAAACUGGUAAAUCACCAGUCGAGAUACUUAUCUGAAAGACAGAACCAAAACAGGGCUGUUAACCGGAUAUUCAAGAUUAAGCAAAUACAUAAAAAAACAUCAGGAAAUGAUGGGAUUGGGAGAGCCAGGCCAAGAUGGCAGAUUAGAAGCAACCCAGCUGACUCAGUAUUCCCCUCCAAACAACUUUAAAAUACCACCCAAAAUCAAAUUUGGAAUGACAGAGGUGACAAAAGGUCAAGGUGAGAAGUUUUUUCCGCUUCUAAGAAAAAAGGUCCGCAAGAGAAGUUUGUGACACUGGGGUGGAAACCUGUCCAGAGCCCACAUAUAUGGGUGCAGCAGCAGUGGCUUCAGGAGCUCUCAGCCCAGAAAGGGUAAGGGGGUCAGACAACUGGUCAGAAAGAAAUUACAAGGAACCCUUUGCCGACACUGGAUACAGUUGGCACUGAUUGGCAAUUCUAUUACCCAUAAGCAGUUCUGGGUCACAGUUCAAGGGUAGAGAAAGACUGUGAGGGUCAGUCACAAGGGAGCAGGGACCCUGGUCACAGCACUAGCAUUUGUGGCUACAGGAGACCAGGAACACUUCCUGGGUAAAGACCAAGGCAUAGACCAGGAGAGCGACGACCACAGCUCUCUGAAUCACACCACAUUGGAAACACCAUGAACUUGCAGACCCCCAGAACUAUUUCUGAAAACAACACCUGAUUCUUGGGAUAGUCCUCCCCACUCCCCCACCUUCCAGGGAGCAGAGCCCAAUUUUCACAUAAAGUUCAAAGUCAAGAAAUAGGGGAAAUGAGCAAACAAAUAACAACAAAGAAUUGGACCCUCAAAAGUUACUAUGGUGGCAGGGAAGACCAAGACAUAAACUCAGAAGAAGGUGACAGUGUGAAAACAUGUACAAGCAAAUCCUCAAAGAAAAAUGCUAUUCGGAUACAAGCCCAACCAGAAUUCCUGGAAAAGUUAAAGAUGGAGAUCGGGGCGGGGAAUGAGAAAAGAAAGGAAUGAUGCAAGAAAAUGAUAAAAAGAGAAUUAACAGCUUGGUAAAAGAGGUACAAAAACAUACUGAAGAAAAUAACACCUUAACAACCAAAAUUGGCCUAAUGGUAAAAGAGGCACAAAAAUUCGCUGAAGAAAAGAAUUCUUUAAAAAACAAUUAGCCAAAUAGAAAAAGAGGUACAAAAAUCUCACUAAAGAAAAUAAUUCCUUAAAAAUUAGAAUUAGGCAAGUGGAAGCUAAUGACUCCAUUAGACAUCAAAAAACAAAAUCAAAAGGAUUGGGAGGGCCAGGCCAUCUACCUAUUUGUCCAUUUAAACUAACACUGGUCUUACGUACCUACUCUUGCUCCAGAGAAUAAGCUAUGGCACUCUUUGUUUUUCACAUGUCCAAUCUUUACCUUACAGAAGUUUCUUCUUGUGUAUUUUAUAAGCCUUCUGCUUCCUCUCAACUACAUUUUCUCUCUCCCAAUAGAAAAUGGUCACAAUCCUCUAUAUGUUAUCCUUUCAUACACUUGAAAACUGUUCAGUCAGUCCAGCUAUUUUCCAGACUAAAUUUUCCUAAUUUUCCUACUUUCAUAAUCCUCUUUAUUCAUAGUUUUAAACAAUUAAAGCAUAAUUAUAACAUUCAAAUAGUCCCCUAGUUGAAUAGAUGCAGAAAUCGAAAGCUAAGAUUGCAGAACUUGGCAAAAGGUUCAGUUAUUAUGCUAUUAAAAAAUUAGCCCUCGAGGAUUGGGCUUUAGACUGGACCAUACAACACUUUGUAAAUGUCAACUAUAGGAUUUUAUGUUUAAAUGUUCCCACCAAUCAAAAGCGUAACGCCAUGCAUGAAGAGCUGUACAUCUCACUAGCCUGCCAUGCUUUGGUACUGUUUUAACUAGUAUUGCAGCAAGCUUUGUAUCAUUGUAAUAGAGCCAUAAUAAUGUUGUAUAGGCCUCUUUGUAUACUACAAUAUUUCAUACACUAAAUGCUACAGGUUUGGCUAUCCAAUAGAUAUGCUAUGCUCAUCAAGUAUCAUCUGUGAGAAUUUUCAUAGGUCACUUUUAAAAUGUAUAUAUUUUAUUGCAGCAUAGAGUGGAUUGUGACAACCAGUUUUCAUUCUUUUAAUUUCUUUCUGAAUUCCCUUCGACGGCUAAAGUUGAGUUAUUUCUGCAGGUAAAGAAAAAGCUAGAAAUUCAGUUGAUAGCAAAUACUCCUAAAAGCAAAAUCAAAAAAUCUAGUCUGUAUAUUAAAAUUAUGCCUAAAAUAAAUCUAAGAUUUUAAAAGGAUUACUUGAACAUUUAAGUUCCGUUAUUAUUGUUAUGAUGUUCAUAAAGUUACUAUGAAAACAUUGUAUACAUGUUUAUUUUUUAAACCCAAUUUAAAACUUAACAUCUAGAUUUUAAAUUCUUUGGGGAAAAAAUCUAGAUUAAAAUUAUAUCAUGUAGGGCUUCAAUUUAGGAUUGAAUUUUUUAAACAGAUAACUUUUAAAUUAUGACAUUUUCAGUGUUUUGAAAGAUAAUUUAUCAUUUUUACCAUUUAAUUUGCACUGGUAGAUUUAAAAAAGUAAGCUGUUUUAGGCUUUUGAGCAUCUAAGUCAGGGUACCCAAUUUUGCUUAAACACUCAGGGCCCACCAUGUCCCUUUGCACACUGCAGACUUCAGUUGAUUCUAAACAGUUGGGUCCAGUGUAAUAAACAAGUGUAAUCUGUGUAUUGCAUAGUACAUUUUAUUUCAUCUUACGUCGAUUUAAUUUACAUAAUUACAUUACAUAAGAGAAGAGAUUCAUUAAAAAAAAAAACUUGUCUGGUCAUAUAAUAAGAGGAUGAAUAAAAGGUUGGUUCUGAAGCAAAGAAACCUUCCAGACUAAUUGGCUCCAUGUUGCUGCAUAGUAAAUAAUGGCCUUCUAGUGGAAAUAACUGUCUUUAAAGACAUUGCAGUCUUUUGAGUUAACGAAUAUGCAGGUUGGCUUGAGCAAGUUGUUCGUUUUUUUAAUGGAGGGGCUCACCUAGGUGGUAGAAUUUUCUCAGCAGAUAAUUUGCUUAACCUUGUAAAACUUUUCCAGAACGGAAGUCAACAAAUCCAGGAAUCAUUUAGAAGCCCAAUAAGAAAUAGCCCAAGGUGGUAGCACUCUUCCAUCUCUCCACAUUGUGGAGCCCAGCUGGAAUUUGCCAAAUUACUCUCCAUCCAUAACUAUUGAUUCAGACUUGAGUUUGAAGUUCAGUUUUGUUUUAUAAAUUAUCGGGCAAUUUAAGACCCAGAGCUAGGCGUUUCACAUACUUAAAAUCCUGCUAGUGAAGUAGUCUGAAACCUAAUCUUUCAUCUCAGGCAAUACACCGUUCAUGUUUAUAAGAAAACUAGCACCCUCCCCAUAAAAUGUUUAACACUGAGAGACUGAAAGAACACAAAAGACCUAAAAAAGAUACAAUUCAAAGUUAAUUCAGCCCACAUUUUAACUUUGAAUUACCUGGCUUAUGUGGCUUUUUUAAAAAUCACAUUUAUUUAUUGAAAGUUUUGUAUGCUUUGUCUUUUCAUCUCCUUAGGCAAUGUGCUGCAUAGAUGUUUGUAUAAGCUGGAAUCAUCCUUAGAUUUCAGUUGGUGACUUUUUUCACAUCACUAUAUAUGGUUUACUGUAAAAUACACUAACUUCUAGGGUUUGGUGUUUGUAGAAGCUGAAACAUGGAGAUAUAUAGCUGCCAUGGUUAUUAGGAAAGGACAGGAGAAAUAUAAACUAAAGAACAUUCAUAUCUAAGUAUGCUUUUCUGGAAAAGAAAGUGUAAAGAAAAAUCAGAAUCUCCUCAGAACCCUCUUGUUAACGGGUAUUUUUUGUUGGUGUGUUUUCCUCUUAAAGUGGUGUCCAUUCCUCUAAAAUGAUGGAUGGAAUAUCAUGUAUGAAUUUAUAAAUAAUUACUUUUAGUUACUUUGCUUUUGUAUAAGCUGUCUGAUAACUUGCUAUGCUGUAUAAGUUGUGUUUGAUGGAACAGUGUGAGUAUGAAAUAUGAAAUAAAGCAAAUUACUUUUCUUUUUUUAUCAUCUAUGGAUGCCACUAUGAAAGCUGACAUUAAGCCACUACAGAGUUUUCUAUGAAUACUUGUAAGUAAACGCUUUGAUAUAUAUAAACCUAAAUAAAAAGAGAUUGUAUUGAUACAGAGACAUUGGAUAAGAAAAUUUAAAGACAAUUCUUUAGGUUUAAAAAAGGCUUGCUGUAAAAUGGUGCAUUACUCCAUUUAUUAAAGAUCAUAUUAAUGACAA